GCGCAAUUGACUCAGUAACACUCCUUUCCUGUUCCAAUCCGGAUUGCGUCUGUCCUUCCUAUUGGACAGUGAAUGAAUGGCUACUAGACACUAAUCCCUGCGGUGUAAGCUCUGAUCGUCAUAACCCCUCCUCCCAGCCUCAACUCAUCAUGAGUUCACCACCCAACCCCGGCGGCGACCGACCCGAGGAGCGACCGUCUCAGCGAAAUUCCCCCACCCUAUGGCAUCCGGCCAGAGAAUGGCUUGAAGAGGACGACGGAGAGGAUGUGGACUUUGAGCCGGACUCUGAUUUCUCGGAUGAUAGAGACCUGGAUGACGGAGGUCCCUUGUACGAAGAUCCGAACAGUUUUGGAGUUUACCUCGGUAUGCGUGGUCUUUGGGUUAUUCGGUCGGAUGAAGAAGGCGUCGUGCUGAUAUUUCGAUGAUCUUGGUGGCUUGGUAGAUCCGGAGUUGCACCCUGGUGUGCAGAUCGAGUUCACGAUGGAGGCGCCGAAUCCCGAAGACGGCGCGGAUGGCCAGGCGGGCCGACAGAAUCGAGGUAUGGACGCGGAGAAGGAACACAGUGUUCAUUGAUUUAGAACACAGUCUGGGCUGAACACUAACUAGAGAAGUAUCCGCAGCCCGACUACUCAAUCUACUAGCUUCUAAUGGCUUGCGACACAUUCUCAAUUACGACGGCUGGCCUGCGGGUGCCGACGACGACGACGAGGACGAGGAUCCUUACCAGGGCUUUUUCAGAUAUCGGAGGCAGCCGCGACGAGCUAAUAAUGCUCAGCUUCCGAAGGUCCCGAGCGAUGAGGGUACGAAAUUGAUGCGAACUGGCGACUUCGGGAGCAAUACGCAUUAUGUGGACGAGUUGAAGAAACGCAAACGAACGCUAGCAACGAAGAUGAUGUGGCGAGAAUUAGGCAUCGAUGUAUCCGGCGGACCGAAGAGGGAGGUUCAAUCCAUAUCGCAGGACUUAAUACCGGAUUCGAUCGCGGACAAGAUAAUCCAUUUUGACUCGAGGUGUUACUCCGGACAGUUCUCGGACGAUGGCAAUUUCUUCUUUGCCUGCGCACAAGACUUUAAGGUCAGGAUGUACGACACAUCCAAUCCUUUCGAAUGGAAGUACUAUAAGACAGUGACCUACCCGUUCGGUCAGUGGACCAUCACCGACGCCAGCUUGAGCCCGGACAACAGGUUCUUGGCCUAUACGUCUAUUCGGAACCUUGUUUGUCUUGCGCCCACGGAUCCACUGGACACAUCUGACCCCGGGGUCUUGGAUCUUUCCAUACUACCUGGCGAACGAGGAGGGCGGCGAGGGCCCUUUGGAAGCUCACACUUUGGAAUCUGGUCUAUCCGAUUUUCCGGUGAUGGCCGUGAGCUUGUAGCUGGCACAUCCGACCACUCGGUGAUUGUUUACGACAUAGAGACGCACCAGUCGGUGCUGCGCUUGCAAAACCAUGAAGACGAUGUAAAUGCUGUCUGCUUCGGUGACAAGUCUUCACCCCAUAUCCUCUAUUCCGGCUCCGACGAUUCCACGUUACGAGUAUGGGACCGACGCUCAAUGGGUGAUGGGCGUGAAGCCGGUGUCUUUAUGGGCCACACCGAAGGGUUAACCUAUGUCGAUAGCAAGGGCGAUGGGCGAUACGUCAUCUCCAAUGGAAAAGACCAGUCCAUGAAACUCUGGGAUCUUAGAAAAAUGAUGACGACGGCCAAGUUCGACACUAUCGAUGUGAACAACUAUACGAGCGGCUUCGACUACCGAUUCGAAUCCUAUCCCCACAACUACUAUGAGCCACAUCCACAUGACUGCUCGGUUGUCACAUUCCGGGGCCAUCGGGUCUUGAAGACCUUGAUUCGAUGCCAUUUCUCGCCCCCUGGAAGCACGAACUCGAGAUACGUAUACACAGGAAGCGAGGACGGCAAAGUUCACGUGUUUAAUAUGGACGCCACGUUAGCUGGAACGAUCGAUGCGGGAGCCGCGACGAAGAAUUCGCGACCGCAGGAUCCUGAUAUUUAUACUACUGCAUAUGAGCUCCGGAGUAGGAGCGGUGAGCCGAUGUGGCGCACAUGUGUUCGCGACGCAAGCUGGCACCCCAACGCCCCAGUGCUCGCUGCGACAUCGUGGAAUGGCUGGGGCUUGUCAACCGGCACGUGUACUUUGCAUAGCUGGAAUGACUCUGCGGCCGAUGACGAAGGCGAUCCACCGCUCGGAAGGAACUACGAUUGUGAAUUAAACUCGGUGCCUGAGUUUAACCGACAUAAGGAGGACGGUGCAUAUAAAACACAUUUGAGAAGUCGACCGGUGGAGAGGUAUGAUGAAGAUGACGAAUCUUAUGAAAUAUGGUGAAGUUAUUGAAGAUGUCGACUUUGUGCUUGAUUUGUGUGUAUUGAUUCCCAGUCUAGUUUAGCCAGACUGGUGUGUGAGGGAGCAUGUGUAAAUGAGCGACCAAUUUACCGGCGUUGUAAAAGCAAUGAAGAAUGAACCAUAUCCUAGUAAUUAGAAGA